CAAGCUCGAGGAAGCGGAUGAUAGCGUGCGUCACAGGACGUCAUGUGGUCGGACAACUAGGCAAGCCGGCUCCAGUCUUAGCGAGACACACUUCACAUCGCACGCUGUCUGCUCACCCACUGCUACAGGCAGUACAGUCGAGCACGAUGGGCCUCGUUCCAAAGUUCUCCAUGGGCUGCUUCUGCUGCACUCUCAAGACGGGCAGCUUCGUCACCGCCGUCUUCCUACUGGUGGGCAGCUGCGUCCAGGUCGGCUACUACGCUUUCCUGGUAACACACAUGAAUCCGCAGAAGAUGUGCGUCCGAUAUGAAACCAUAAUAGUAACAGAACCUCCACCUGUGCGCCGUAGCUAUGACUAUGACUACUAUGACGACGGGAUCUACAACCCACGGCGAGGGAGUCACAGAGACAUACUUCGUAGGUUUGGGGGCUAUGACCCAUAUCCUCCCUCUGAGGAGAGUGGCAAACCAUAUGGAAAGGACGCAGCGAAUACUACGGACGGUGGGCCAGUGAACUCUAGCUAUGCAGCCAACACCACAGACGCUACACCAACAAACUCAAGCUAUGCAGCCAACACCACAGACGCUACACCAACAAACUCAAGCUAUGCAGCCAACACCACAGACGCUACACCAACAAACUCAAGCUAUGCAGCCAACACCACCGAAGCUACGCCAACAAACUCAACCCAAGCUGGCUCUAAAGCGGGCGGCGGCAGGUUGUAUUGGCCGCGCAACCCUUGGAGACGUCGUGGCUGGUUUGGAGGUUUCUGGGGAAUCCCGUCAUACCCCCGAUUCCAUACUGAAUCGAGAUCGUACCAGAGGCCCUGUAUUCGGGACUAUAAGCCUUUCGACGCGGAUAACGGCGUUCUGGACUUCGACCUGAGAGGACCGUUUGACAAGUCAAUCCUGUACUUCAACAUCGGCAUAUGGGUUGCCACGAUGGCUGCCACACCACUGCUGAUGGCGGGCGUCUACAAGGAAUCGGCGACCAUGGUGACGGCGUGGCUCGUGGCCGAGGCUCUGCUCCUUAUGGUGGCUACGGCGGGAACGCUGGCGACAGCCACGUUCAUGUUCCACGUCAUCCCCGUCCAGAUCCCCAUCGUCACGCUGCUCAACAUGGCCAUACAUCUCGGCAUUAACAUCUACUACUUGAUGGUGGUGGUCAACUUUCGCCGACAGCUGACAACCAAAGAGGAAGACGAAAAGGACAACGACGACAAGAGGGUUGAACAAGUGAUAGUGUGACAUCAAGGCAGAAGGCAGGGUGCGUUCGGACUGGGCACUUGGACCUGGUAUGAGGUCCACCUAGGUUUCGUUUCUGUCUCAACAGCUAUGUGUACGUAGCGUGUGUAGGCAUGCAACGUGGGUGCUGGCUACCGACGAUAUACCAAUGAAUAAUGUAGCAUUAUAGAUCUGAUAUAAUUAAUUUUCCUUUCAGACGUUUGAGUUUCAUCUUUAUCUACGAUAAUAAUGGAAGCUGAAAAAGGCAGGCAUGCCAACCAUUACACCACGACAAAACUAUAGUUAACGUAACUCUACGGACUACCCCAGUUAGCGAGGGCAUUGUACAAACGGGGUCCAUGCAGGUAUGUUAGCUAUAGUGCUGUGGUGAUGUAAUGACUACUGUACCUCCCUAGUAAGCAAGGAGGCCCGGGUUCAAGUCCCAACCAUGGUACAAAUUUUAAUUCAUUUCUUCAGCUUCCAUCAUUAAUGUAACAUUAGUUUUGCAAUAUAUGCUAACAUAUUUGUAAGUACGAAUUCUUAAAAGAUCACUCUACAGAAUGUCUAACUCCUCAUGAAACUGGAUAUAUAAAGAAUUUUAAGCUCGAGUGUAUCAGUUUCUUAGUUAUUUAUUACUUUUUACUGUUAACUGAAAUCAAUACAGCGGGAUGGGCCACUUCCAAGACGUGACUGAAAUUACAUGAGAGCUCGUCGAGUCUGAAUUAUCGCACAGUUUGGGACCAAGAAAGUUUCACACAGCUUAUAACACAUUUCCAACGAGAUCGGUAGUAACAGCUCUUGAGAAAGAAGGCGUCGGUACAUCCUAUGUUUCGAUACUGGUGAAUGCAAGCGUUAAUGCUAAAGCUUCAUGAGAAAGAACCCGAGUAAGGAGAUUACAUAUAUGUAAAGGUGGACGAAGCCUUCAGAACGUCCAACUACGAAAACGAAGAAGAAAUACAUACACCACCAGGUAGCAUAAGUUUAUUUAAACAAGUUAAGGAGAUUAAGUUAUGCAAAUCCGAUGCAUUUUUAAGACAGAUCGGAGAUGCGGAAGCACCAUGUAACCUAUCUUCUAGAAAUUUAUCAGACUAUUUCUCUAGGGCAUUAUUUUAUUUUCGUCUAGUUUACUUACUAAUGUCCUAACAUUAGCGUUGUAAGAAACAGUAUAUCUUUAAGGCUUGUGAAAUUACUAAUUACUGAAGAAAAUGUAUUUGAAAUUAAAACUGCUAACAAAGAAGAA